AUGAAGCAAAUCGAUCCUAAAUCUCAUCUAUGUUCGAUAUGUAAUAAAUCAUUUGCAAGACCAAGUAAACUUCAAUAUCACAUCGCUUUUCAUCAUGAGAAAAAGUUCUCGUUCGAAUGUUCUGAAUGUGGUAAACCAUAUUCCAAUCAAGAUCAUGUGAAUCGUCAUUAUCGUAAUGUUCAUCAAAAAGAAAAUACGAGAAGAAAGAAAUUUACUUGUGCUGUCAAUGAUUGCGCGAAAGUGUUUGCUAAUAAACAGAACCUUGAUAGACAUGUUAGAAUCGCCCAUGCAACAACCAAAUCGAAGCCUGUUCGAUGUUUUUACUGUUCGGAAUUUGUUGAAUCAUUAGAAUCACAUUUAAUCGCAGAACAUAAUUCAAUAUCUCCAGAUAAAUUCAAAUGUAUAGACUGCUCGAAGAUCUUCCUAUCGAUAAAGCGUUUGAUGCAUCAUCGAAUUAUUCAUACAGAUCAUCCAUUGGCCUUUGCGCGUUUUAUACGGUUAGUAGAGGGUCGGGUGACCACCUUUGAAGACCAUGAACGUCGUGAACUCGAUGUUCAAUGGACAAUGAAUCGAUUAUUGGAUGGUGUCGAGCGGAUGCAAAUAUUCCAAUGUGAUCUAUGUCAGCGAAUGUUUCGUUCAUUAUUUCAACUGGAUCAACAUCGUCAUAGCAAAAUUCAUCAAGAACAGUUCACUUGUCAGUAUGACAAUUGUAGACGAACAUUUUCCUAUAUGAGGAAUCUUCAGCAUCACAUCAGAACUCAUCAUGAGAAUCUCUCGCGUUUACCCUGUCCAAUGAAAUCUUGUUCAAAGACAUUUACUUGCCAAGCAUCGAUCUGUCGACAUCUAAGUCGAUGUCAUUCAUCCGAUGAUGUUCUCGAACAAAUCAAUGCGAAACAAAAACAAUCUACUUCUCGACAACAAGAAAUUCGACGAUUUUUAAGCGGUUUUAAUGAUCGAAAACUGAAGCAAGAGAAUGAAAUUUGCCAACAAACGAAACAUUUGUUAAAUCUUUUAUUAACCGAGGAUAAUCUCGUACAAACGCCAGAUGAUCGUAUGGAGUUUUCAUCGAAUGAGAAAUCAUUUGAUCCGAAUUUGUUACAGGCUUAUAAUGAGAUCGGACUUGUUGAAUUGUGA